AUGACCACUGCCCUCGCUGCGCAAUUGGCGCAGAUUCGCAAAGUCUCGAAUCACCCACUAGAUUUAAAAGCCCAAAAGAAAGCUCAUUCAAAAUCUCUUCUAUUUGACAGCAAGACGGCUGCCACUCAAGAUUUCGAUUCUAUCUUCCAGAUUUGCCUCCAAGGCUUCGAUGAACUCUGUCAUUUGGAUCAAAGAUACAGCAAAUUCAAAGACAACCUGUUCAGCGAACAGAGCAAAGACGAAGACAGAACACUGCUCACGCACGCCCAGAACGUCCAGCUUGAUGUGGCUUUGCAUGACUUUCUUGCGUUGAUAUCCUCCAGGGUACUUCUACAACCAGCACUGAUAGCCAUUGAGUGGCUUGUCAGAAGAUUUCGUGUCCAUGAACACAAUCUUGAGGCUUUUGUCCUCACCUUCUUGCCAUAUCAUGAUGCUCCAAUCUUUCCAACUAUGCUGUCAAUCCUUCCUGGGGAAACUAUUCCCUCCCUGAAGUUCCUACGUCCAUAUAUACAGUCGCUUACCUCCCCACCUCGUCAUUCUCUCGCUUAUGCCGCUUCGCAUAAUAAGACUUUCUUUGCAGCUCUGAAUGCAUUCAUACUCAAAUGCUGUCAGUGCGGGUACCAAAGUUCAACCCUCAUAUCCUUUUGGGCAGGUCUCGUGUCAGAAGCCCUUGCUACGAAGUGCAAUGAGUCGCGUUCUGCAAGCCUUGAAGCCCAAAGACAACAGCAAGAGGAAGUCACAAGACUAAUCUUAGCCGUCGCGAGUGAUUCACUGACCAUCAAAGGUGUGCCAGACUUGCGUGCCGCAAUGUACAUGAUCAUAACAGUCUUGGCGUCUAAAGCUGAUCUGGAUGACGAAGUCCUGAAACGACUGAUGCUAGCGGUGGUCUCAGAUUGGGAGGACAGCUCGCAAGCUGGCCUGAUUUGCAUAGUAGUUCUUGUUGAUAAGAUGCAAUCUGCCAAAUUGCCCUCGAGAGUGACAAAGGCCUUGAUGGCUAUCGAUGAGCUGAGCAGCGACUUGUCGAUCUUGAAGACUCGAUAUAGGAUAGAUCCACUCGUGCUUAGCUUGUAUUCUGGCCUUACGAGAAGGCUGAGCAAGACAGGUGACAAGAGAGAGCUUCAUCUCCUUCGCAGACUCUUCGAUGCGAACUUGCUGAGUAUCGAGACAUAUCCAGAUGCUUGCAGACGACUCCUGAAAUCAGCUAAUCAAUAUACGUCAAACGAAAAUACUGAAUUGGACAUUGAUAGCUCCCUUUCGAGCCUUAUCCUCGACUUUGCAGGUCACUCGAGACUGGGUCCCGAUCUACAGGAGCAAAUGCAGAAAGCAGCUGCACUUUUGGGCCCUCCUGUCAAAAGUCUUCGAAUUACACGCACAGGACGCUCGAGCGCGAGUGACUUUGAUGAAGAUAAUUUGAAUUCUCGAGAUCACACCAGAAGUAUGUCGGAAGAAUUCGAGCUCUUAGCUUCAGGCAUUCCUACCAAAGCAGCGUACGAAGUGUCUUUCCUCUCUCACUCUGAGUCAUAUGUUUUUGGUAGUCUGGAGGCUGCUUUCAGUAAAUUGUCGACCUCGGCAACAAACGUGUCGAAGUUUUCUGCUCUGCCAGUCAUUAGGAAAUCUAUGGGCAUGAGUGAGCCCCUUUUCCUCUCCUUUUAUGUAAGAGUAUGGUGCGGGUCCAAUCCUGGACAGGUUCGGGCUGCAGCUAUCCGUGCCGUUACUGAGUAUUUUGCGGAAGAGAAGCCGGUAGCUGACCCCCAAUUUCUAAUGCCAUACAUGCUAUACGGGCUGUCCGAUUCAUCUCCUCACGUUCGUGAAGCUAUGGGGGAUCUCAUACUCCACCUGCAAGACUUCUACACAACUGUGGAGGGACAGGCGGAAGAACGAAAGUUUCCGAUACUAGGUCGUGAACAAGUGUACGGGCAGCUUGAAAGGGCCAGAGACUUCCACUGGCUACCACCAAGUGUUGCUCGACGUCUCCUAAUUGACAUCAUUACUCCUGGUCUUGAGGAAUGCCUGCUUGACCAAAAUCAAAUAUUCAGCCGUAUCACAAAUAUUCUCAAAGGUACCAAGAAUGGUGGCAGCCUUCGCAAAGUUCACACGGAGCUGAAAACUUCGGUCAGAGCUGCCAUAUUCGCGUGCCUUUGUAGCCAUGUUUCUCAGACGCCCUUGGUAUCUGUCAAGCUUCGUCUCUUGCCGAUGCUCAACAAGAUCGAAAAAAUUGGCAAUUCUUCGCGCCCAAAACUAUUGAUGACUGUACUUCGCUCUCUUCUUGGCCCCAAAAAUCAAAAUUUGGCUGAAGCUUGUGCAAAGCAACAGAUCGACUAUGAAGAAUAUGUAAAAAACGCAGUUGGUAUCCUAGCACCAAAUGAGCAUGAGAGUAUGCAAACAUUGCAAAACAUAAUUGAGGGUUCGGUUAGUGAUAUCAGACCACGCGUUCUGCAUGCGGUUCUCGAAUACACCGCCAGAACAUGGCGUUCUUUUAAUAACGAGUUACAAACAGCUUUGGCCACUUCUCUUCUUCGAGUGAGCCUCCGUACGAAAGAGAGCGGUGAUAGUAACUUCAGGACUCCCGCAGCCGAAGCCUUGGAAACGCUUUCGUCACUACCCCUUGGUAAUCACACGCUCACCGCGUUGUUGUAUGAUCUGCCACCGAUCUCAAAUGGGAAUGAAGUUGGCUCGCGAGCAGCUAAAAGACGCCGUUUAGAGAAUCACGUAGAACGAGAAGCGACUGAGCCCUCGCACGAUCAACGUGUGAAUGUCAUCAAGCAAGUGACAGUAGUGCUUGAACUGGUAGACCAAUCUCAAACUCACGUUGAUUCUCAGCUCCUCCCAGCUAUUUUCACCGUCUUCACUGACCUGAAGGCUGCCAAUGAAGACUCCGGGGAAGGUCUCAGCUACCUUCAGGCGAUAGCCUUAGAGCGAAUGCUUGCGAUUGUUGAGAAAGCCGAGGGGCUACGUGAGCCAAAGCUAAGUCUUGAUGGCAUUGAGACAGAUCUACUGCUUGAUUGUAUCAAGUCAUCCUCGAGCCCUCAGGUACGCAAUACAGGGCUCUUGCUUCUCUCAGCACUGGCUCAUAUCAUACCCGAACAAAUACUUCACAAUGUCAUGCCUAUUUUCACCUUCAUGGGUUCUGACGUUCUUCGUCAAGGCGACGAUUAUUCCGCCCACGUCGUUCGCCAGACCAUGGACUCAAUUGUGCCGCGGCUGGUACAAUCACUACAUAAACGCAAGGGUGAACUUAGCGGUAUCUCCGAACUACUUUUGAGCUUUGCAGCCGCCUUCGACCAUGUGCCGUCGCAGCGGCGGCUUGACACGUACAUGUCACUCCUCGACCAAGUCGGACCAGAUUCAUACUUGUUCGCAUUCGUGGCUAUACUUUUAAAUAGCUACCCUCGGAAUCGUCGAGCCCUUUCGUUUGCGGUCGAAAUCACUAAUAAGUAUAGUGUUCAAACUCGACUUAAGACCGUUGGGCAAUACACUCACCUUCUACUCGACUCUCUAAAAGCCAAGCCGGCCAUUUUUGCUCAGAUUCUGCCACUCAAUCCCACUCACAACCAUGUCGAGAACAUCCUUGCUCUUCUUCCCUUCUUACCGGAUUUGCUCAGUACCAAAGUUCUUGUCGAUCAAACCAGAAGUGAGCUCUUGAACAAGUCCGAUGCAUCAGCUGAGGUACAACGACUUUACGAAGAUGCGCUUGGAGAGACCUUCUUACUCUCUGAAUCAUUGCCUGAGGUCGAUCAUGCACAACGGCUUUGCAUGCGCACUUUCGAUUCUUUGCUCGGCUUAUUGCCCAUGUCUAGGCUCGUAGAAGCCUUUGAAACCCUUUUGGCACGGUCUAGCGAAACAAUACGGAAGCAGAUAGUCCGAUCUUUUGAUCUUCGCAUGGGAGAUAAGAGGGAUCUUCAAUCCUCUUCAGAAUCCUGCCUUCAGUUGCUACCUCGUCUGAUCACUACAAUCGAGCAGACUUCUGACGCUACAUUGCACCGUAUGUCAUUGAAUGCCAUGGACAACAUCAUAGAUGUUGUGGGCAAAAGAGACAUUGAUGUGGUCAAACGGUGUGUAGAUACCAUCACAGACGACCGCUCUUUGAAAUCCAGAGAACCCGGAAUGCGCUGUGCUACCUUACUAUGCCUUUCUACUUGCGUGGAAGCAGCCGGCGAAGCAUUCAUUCCACUCAUACCCCGCGCGAUGCCCGCUGCACUGGAAGCGCUAGAAGAAAGCAUGGCUAUUAAUGCUGAAGACAAGACUUUACACAAUGCAGCUUAUUCUUUUUUCACAGCCCUUUUUAUUUACAUCCCCUUCAUGGUUUCUGGACAAAGCCUCGAUCGCUUACUCCGGGCUUCUUAUGAAUCGGCGAAUAGUGAAAUGGGCAAAGAUUGUGACGAGAUUAGAAGUCAGACGAUACGCUUGAUCGCCAAACGAAUCGACGCAAAUGUCGUAUUUGAAGCCCUAGAGAGAACUUGGACCAGCGCGAUGGAACAAGGACCAACGGCAGUCAAGGAGUAUAUGGAGCUUCUGCGGCUAUCAAUGGAUCGACAUCCGAAAUCUGCCAUUCUUAGUCAAUCGCAAAAGCUAGGCGACAUCUUUCUAAAGGCUUUUGACCUUCGGCGCAUCCAGUGCUCACCACGGACAGAAGAAAGCUAUACAGAUGCUGAAAUCACAGAUGUGGAGAACGCCUUCAAUGAAUCGGCUAUUGCAAUGGUGUACAAGCUCAAUGAUGCCACCUUCAGACCGCUUUUCACCAAAGCUUGCGAGUGGGCAUAUGAGGGCUUACCUGAGACUGGCAAUGGCAGGAUAUACCGCAAGUCGACAUGGUAUACAUUUCUUGUGCAUCUAUUCAGUACUUUAAAAUCCAUCGUCACGAAUUACGCAAACUUCAUCCUUGAAGACGCCGCGGGAAUCCUUCGUAACCCUAACCUCCGAGAUGGCGAGGGAAAGCAUCUUUGGCAGCAAGUGAUUCAUGUGCUACACGCAACUUUCGAGCAUGAUCAAGAUGAAUUCUACCAUUCUCCUUCCCAUUUUACCCCGGUCUCGAACACCCUUCUCUCACAAAUUUCCCAUGCAGACAAGAUCGACGUACAGGAUGAUUUGAUACCCGCAAUAGUCGAAUUAGCCGUCGCUGCAGACUCGUCAAUCCAUCAUAAACAGAUGAACGCCGCCAUUUUGCAGCACAUGCAUUCUGAUAGGACGAGAGUCCGUUUGGCCGCCGUGCAAUGUGAACUCGCGCUCACCAGUAGGCUGGGCGAGGAAUGGCUGGCUUUACUGCCGGAGAUGUUACCUUUAGUAAGCGAACUGCAGGAGGAUGACGAUGAGGUAGUCGAGAAGGAGACGCUGAGAUGGAUCCAGAAAAUUGAAGAGACGAUUGGAGAAAGCUUAGCUCCAAUGUUGCAGUGA